GUUGUUUUCAUUCUGAUCACAUUCCGUCCAUCAUCUCCAAUUUAUUUGUAAAAGAGGAAAACCGGCCGUGUCUUCUCUGCUCUUCCUUUCCUUUCGCAUUAAACACGACUUUUGCAGAAUCGUCUGACGAUCUUAAUCGCAAAGUGAUUGUUGGCGCCGUCCUUUAUACCCCCUCUUCUUUUGGUGUUUUUGAAGAACUCCCGUUUUCCGGCAUGACUGCUACUACCUACAUCCGACUGAGCGAGGUAGAGAAGCACACCACAGAGGAUGACUUGUGGUUUGUGAAGGACCGCAAGGUGUACGACAUCACGAAGUUUGUGGACCAGCACCCAGGUGGUGCGGACACGCUUCUCGGUGUCGCGGGCAAAGACGGCACGUCUGACUUCGACGCUGUCGGCCACUCCGACACCGCCAUCGAGGAUCUCGCGCGGUACUACAUUGGCGAUAUCCACCCCGAUGAUGCCGAUAAGGUUCCGGAGGCCGUCGCUAAGGCCGCGAACAAUUACUUCGGCAUUACCGUCAUCAUGAUCGUCAUCGCCAUAUGCGCGUUCUUCAUUUUUAAGCCCUAA